UAACUUUCGCGCGUUGCCGUGGUAGUGACGUCACUACGCUGAAGACGCAUUUUCGCCCCUCGCCUUGCAGUUCAGUGCUUCCAGGUCUAACGCGCUUCUCCAUUCAUAGCCGACGAUAUCCACUAAUCACGCUUUAAGUCUAUUUCGUAACGCUUUCCUCUAUUCUCUGUUGGCUGAAUCCGAGGCAACAAACGUGUCGAACUAGCUAUAUUCCAAACUGCCUAACCAGCCAUGUCGGCUACUCCCCCACCCACCCCACCGGCCGAUGCUUCUGCGGGGACUGAGGCAUGCUUUCCUCCGGGGUACAAGCCAUUUCAGCCUGAAGAGCACGGCCUGGACGCCGGCUUCCGCCUGACAAGCUUCUCGGAUAUGAAGGGAUGAGGGUGUAAGGUCCCCCAGGAGGCUCUGCUCAAACUCCUGGCGGGACUGGAAUCCGGGGAUCAAGGCUCCGAUUUCGGACAAAUCCCUCCCAACACCCCCGCUGGACCCCGGCUAGGAAUAGGGAUGGACUCCUGUGUGAUCCCACUCAGACAUGGAGCCUUAUCAUUGGUCCAAACUACAGACUUCUUCUACCCUCUGGUGGAAGACCCAUACAUGAUGGGAAGGAUAGCGUGUGCUAACGUCCUCAGUGAUCUCUAUGCCAUGGGUAUCACAGAGUGUGACAACAUGUUGAUGCUGCUUAGUGUCAGCCAGAAAAUGUCUGACAAGGAUCGUGAGCGUGUGAUGCCCCUGAUGAUCCGUGGUUUCCGUGAUGCUGCAGAGGAGGGAGGGACUUCAGUGACAGGCGGUCAGACUGUGGUAAAUCCUUGGAUCAUUGUUGGAGGCGUGGCCUCUGUUGUCUGCCAACCCAAUGAGUUCAUCAUGCCUGACAGUGCAGUACCAGGGGAUGUGUUGGUCCUGACCAAGCCUCUGGGAACACAAGUGGCUGUCAACGCUCACCAGUGGAUGGAUCUGCCAGAAAAGUGGAAUAAGAUAAAGCUGGUGGUCUCUAAGGAGGAAGUGGAGCAGGCCUAUCAGGAAGCAAUGUUUUCCAUGGCAACACUCAAUCGCACAGCUGCAGGCCUAAUGCACAGGUUCCAGGCCCACGCUGCAACAGACGUGACCGGGUUCGGGUUGCUAGGGCACGCCCGUAACCUAGCAACAACCCAGCGUGCUGAGGUAGCAUUUGUCAUCCAUAACCUACCAAUCAUUGCCAAGAUGGCCGCCAUCAGCAAGGCCUGUGGAAACCUCUUCAACCUGUUGGGUGGGACGUCUUCUGAGACCUCUGGGGGCCUGCUGGUGUGUCUGCCUAGGGAGCAGGCAGCCAGAUUCUGUGCUGAGGUGAAGGGUCAGGGAUCAGGGGGCGGAGCCUGGAUCAUCGGCAUUGUGGAGAAAGGAGAGCGCGGAGCUCGUAUCAUUGACAAACCACGCAUUAUUGAAGUGCCGCCCAGAGGGACCGUUGCAGCCAGUCAGGAUAACAGCAGUUCUGCUAGUCCCGCCCCCAUCGAAACGUUGUCAUAGACUUUCCCUCUGGCACGCGUGUGAGCGACGGCUUUUCAAAUUGACAUUCCAACAGUUUCCCCUCAAAUCAGUGAACUGAUCAAUCGUGUGUGUCCGGAGAUGGAGUUAAAGCAUUGUCAUGGUGAACUUCUAUAAUGGAAACUUUCCUGUGUUUUGUGUGUUUCUAUUGGAUAAUUGCCAUGUCUGUCAGGAUGUCUGGCUCCACCUAUUAGUUCUGAGGCAGGGUUGAGCAGCUCUUUCAGAACUAAUGGGGUUGCCCAGGAUGUCUCUUUGCUAGCUGACUGGCUGGCCAGUACACAGCCCUUCCUCUUCCUGUUUAUGAAGCUCUGCCUUUUUAAACCUGACUUAAUGAGGCCAGGCAGAGUGGAUGUCAGUCUCAGAAAGGGGUGGGGUUGGUGAAUUGUGUUCCAGCUGUGGGCUAUGUCUUUUUUAAGAAUGGAUUCAAAAUCAAAUAACUGAUCACAAUCAAUAAACCAUCAGCCAACUGCA